AUGAAACGGACACAGCAAGAAUACGAAAACCUUGCUAAAUCGAUUGUAACUUUUCAUAUCAAUAACUCGAAUUAUGUUGUGAAAACUACAGUUUCUCACUUUUUAAAACAAAAUAUUCCACGUCAAACAAUCUACGACAUAUUGAAAAAGUAUAAAGAACAUGGAACAACAAAGUUUUUACCAAAAUCUGGACGCCCAACGAAAAUUUCUGAUAAACAGGUGAAAGCACUGGUCAAGAGCGUUAAUAACAAGACCGGUAUUAGUCAACGUCGACUUGGCCAACGAUUUAGCGUCAACCAAUCGACAAUUUCAUGUGUUAUCAAACAUCGAACAACGCUUAAAAUAUACACAAGAAAAUCGGCUCCAAAAUAUACAAAUGAUGAUCAGGAACGACGAGCUAAAUCAAAUUCUCUAAAGCUUUAUGUUCGACGUCAUCAGAAUCCCCCAAUGUACCUCAAGCACGUCCUAUCGAAUCAAUUUGGUCGUUACUU